AUGAAAGUACCGUGGUCCAAGUCGAAAGACGCGCAGAAUUCAACCACCUCAUCGGAUUCUGGCAAUCAUGAAGACUCUGCGACUACCCGCACCGAAGUUACCACUUCUACCGAUAUAGUCAACCAUGACGAGAGACCUGGCAAUUCGGAUGCUAUCAUAUCUACUCCGCAAGGUCAGCCAGAGUCGGUGACGGCCCCUGCUGACCCGAAGAACCUUGUCGAGGCAGAGAAGCACGAAGAAUUAACUCGUACGGCCACCACGUCGACCGACCCAGGUCAGGCAAGCGAGGGUGAUGAAUCCAAGUAUGCAACCGGUCUACCUCUUCACCUUCUCACGGUCGGUCUUGUGUUAUCAACGUUCGUCGUGGCCCUCGACAAUACAAUCAUUGCCACUGCCAUUCCGAAGAUCACGACCGUUUUCAACUCAUUGGACGAUGUUGGCUGGUAUGGCUCGUCUUAUCUCCUGACCACGACAUCACUCCAACCGUCCUUCGGGAAGAUUUACACCUACUUCAACGUAAAAUGGACAUAUAUGCUCGCACUGAUCAUCUUCGAGUUUGGAUCGGUGUUAUGUGGUGCCGCAGUCAACUCGACGAUGUUAAUUGUCGGUCGGGCGAUUGCUGGAUGUGGUGCCGCAGCCCUGUUCUCGGGCGGUAUGACUAUCAUAGGAUAUACGGUUCCCUUGCGCAAGAGACCUUUGUAUAUAGGGCUUCUUUCGUCCAUGUUUGGUAUUGCCUCUGUUGUAGGACCACUUCUUGGAGGAGCUUUUACCGAUCGGAUAACUUGGCGAUGGUGCUUCUAUAUCAAUCUUCCAAUCGGCGCCAUCGCCAUUACAGCCGUUUUCUUCUUCUUCACAAACCCGGAGCGCCGACACAGUAGUCUCACAUUCAAAGAGAAGAUUGCUCAAAUCGAUCUCCUUGGCGCAUUCUUCUUGAUUUGCGCCAUCGUUUGCUUACUCCUUGCUCUUCAGUGGGGUGGCACGACAUACCCGUGGUCCAACUCCAAAGUCUGGGGGUGUCUCCUAGGCUUUGGACUCCUUAUUGGCGUAUUUACUGGUAUUCAAAUCUGGAAGGGCGAUCUCGCAACGUUGCCUCCUCGAGUCAUGCUCAGACAGCGGACUGUUUUCACAUGUGCCUUUUUCUCGGCCUUCCUAGCCAUGGGUCUCUACACUCAUAUCUACUAUCUUCCGUUUUACUUCCAGGCCGUCAAGGGAACUUCGGCAGAAGGGUCCGGUAUUAGGACGAUUCCGUACCUGGUCAGCAUCACUCUUUCGUCGAUCGUGGUCGGCGGGAGCAUUACUGUUCUCGGUCCUUAUGUGCCAUUCACAUGGUUCGGUUCUGCUGUAUUCGCCGUUGGCUCUGGUCUUUUGCACACGCUGAAAGUCGAUUCAUCUACCGGGACAUGGAUAGGGUAUCAGAUCCUCACAGGGGUCGGAGCAGGAGCAUGCGUACAAAUCCCGUUCAUCGCCGUUCAGGUCGUGCUCACAAAGAAGGACAUGCCAGUGGGGAACGCAGUCGCCAUCUUCUUCAACUCACUGGGUGGUGCAAUUUCCAUUUCCAUUGCGCAGAACAUCUUUUCCAACGGACUGGUCAAGGAGAUCCCCAAGUACUCAGAGGGUGUCGAUCCUUACACGAUCAUCAAUGCUGGUGCGACGCAUAUCCGCGAAGUCACUCCGCCAUCGCAGCUUGCUGGAGUACUCAAAGCAUACAACAUUGCUGUGACGAACUCCUAUAUCCUAGCGAUAGCGUGUGCAUGCAUUGCGUUCCUGCUGUCCUUCGGCUUUGAGUGGAAGUCUGUCAAGGGUCGGAAGCUCGAAUUAGGGGGCGGAGCAUAG